UCUAACUCCCUUCUCUCUCUCUCUCUCUCUCUCUCUCUCUCUCUCUUGCUCUCUCUCUCUCAGACAAAAAAAAACCACCACGGCUUGCAGUCAGCCGGACCUCCACCCACCACGACCUCAGCCAGACCUCAGCCGGACCUCCCACACACUCAACCGACCUCCACAUUCAUUUUUCUCACCCAAAAGCAAUGGAUUCAACUGUAUUUGUGCCUGUAUUGUAUGAUGGUGUUUGGGCUGUCGAGGGUUUCAACUGGGUAUUCAAUUCCCCAACAAGUAAGACGUUGAUGUUUGACAUUGACACUACUCUGGAAAAGUUGCGUGAAGUUUUGUAUGAAGAGUUGGAUGUGGAUCCUUUGGUGUAUGAACUGAAAUUAGAAGUUUGUUGCAUGUACAUGAAAGGCACCAAGUGCCUUUCAAAUGAGAAAAAAGUACAAAUAAAGUCGUACAAAUUUAAAAUCGCACACAUAUCGUUCAAUAUCGUACAAAUUAGAAGUCUGUUACAUGUAUUCAAUUCUGCUGUCGAGGGGCCACCGCUCAUCUUUAGGCCUGUGAUCAAACUGAACUCAGACCUCCCAAAUCUGGCUUCUGUUUUACCCACGUAAAACCACACUUCAUCGUUUUUAACUUCACUGACUUUCUUUUUCCUCAAUAACAGUCGAUGCACAAUCACCCCGGAGAAUUGAAGAACACUGGCAUUCCAAAAAGAUCCGAAGGGACUUUCCUUCACCUUAUCAGUCAACUUAAAGGCUUCGAACUUAUCCUUUAUAGCAGUGAAGUACCCGUUCUCUCUGUAGGUGAUACGCCCUGAAAAAUGCUC